CCUCCGGACGAGGCCACGCUGGAGCCGUUCCGCUCGCUGCAGAUCGCCACCACCACGGCCGCCGCCACCGCUGCCACCACGACGAAGAAGAAGCGCCGGCCCGCCGGCACACCAGAUGCCAAGAUUUAUUCUGCAUGUAGUAACGCGUGCGUAUGCGUGGUGCGGCAAUGGUGCAGACCCGGACGCGGAGGUGGUGUCGCUGUCGCCGCGGACGCUGCUAGAGUCCGACCGAUACGUGUGCGAGAUCUGCGGGCAGGGGUUCCAGCGCGACCAGAACCUGCAGAUGCAUCGGCGGCGGCACAAGGUGCCGUGGAAGCUUCUGAAGCGGGAGGCUGGAGAGGCGGCGCGGAAGCGGGUGUUCGUGUGCCCGGAGCCGAGCUGCCUGCACCACGACCCCUCCCACGCUCUGGGCGACCUCGUCGGCAUCAAGAAGCACUUCCGCCGCAAGCACAGCGGCCACCGGCAGUGGGCCUGCGCCCGCUGCUCCAAGGCCUACGCCGUCCACUCCGACUACAAGGCACACCUCAAGACCUGUGGCACCCGCGGCCACUCCUGCGACUGCGGCCGCGUCUUCUCCCGGGUGGAGAGCUUCAUAGAGCACCAGGACACCUGCAAUGCCGGCCGGGCAAUGGUGGACGUGUCGCCGGCGUGUGGCGGCGGCGGCGGCGCCGGUGUAGCUGCUUCUGGUGCCGUGUCGCAGCAGCAGGCGCCGCUGGCCAUGUCGCUGUCACGGACCGUGUCGAGCACCAGCCCGUCCAGCGACAUUGUCAUCAGCCCGGUGGCCUGGCCUGGCCCAGCACUGCCGAGCCCUGCCGCCGCGGCGGCCGCGUUCCACCGGUUCGACCAGGUUCCGUCGCCACGGACGCCACCUUCCGAAUACCGCGGUGGGCACAAUCUAGAGCUGCAGCUCAUGCCGCAGUCCUGCAGCGGCGCGGGCAGUGCCGCGCCGGGUAUGGCGGCAUACUGCGGCGCGCCACGCUCUCCCGCCCUUUCUUCGCAGGGCGACGACGUCGCCAUGCAGCUGCAGCUGUCCAUCGGGGUCUGCGGCGGCGGGUUCGGGGACGGGGGCGAGCCUGGCGUCGAGGCGCUGGCCGCGGCGAGGGCGAAGGAGGAGGAGCCGCGGGAGCAGCUGCGGCAGGCGAUGGCGGAGAAGGCGGAGGCGGACGAGGCCCGCGCGCAGGCGAAGCGGCACGCGGAGCUGGCCGAGCAGGAGCUGGCGGGCGCCAAGCGCAUGCGGCGGCAGGCGCAGGUGGAGCUGAGCCGCGCCCACGCGCUCCGCGAGCACGCCGUGCGCCAGGUCAACGCGAUGCUGCUCCAGAUCACCUGCCUCAGCUGCCGCCACAAGUUCAGCGCGAGGCUACCGCUGGCCGCCAUAAGCUCCGAGGUGGCCUGCAGCAACAUGUCCUCCGUCGUGACAGAGGGCGGCGACGCCGAGGUCGACGAGACGCACGAUGCCGACGGCAUGAGGCGGCGCCAGCACGCCAAGACGAUGGACGUCCUCUAGCUAGCUCGAUCGACCUUUCGAUCACUUCUUGUUUUACCGACGAGACGGCCGGUUGGCGCAUGCAUGGUGAAGCGUGAUUUAAACAGAUGCUGCU